UGCGAGAGAAGAGCGGGGAGUCGCGUGCGAUGCAAUCAUUUCAGUGGCGUUUAUGCCAAUACUUAUCGCAUCUGCUCUAGUUAACUUCAGACAAAUGUGCCAUGCAGAUCGAUCAUUCCAACCGAAACCCACCACACACACCCACAGAAACGCAAAUAUGUUCCCUCUCCAAAUCAAACCUGAAUUACUCGCGACGGGUGGCCGCAUGGUUGAGUUCUCCACUUGUCAGUGUAGUUCAAAUAAUAUGUAGGCGCCUCGGUAAAUUGGAGAUGAUAUCCUUCUGGUUGCUCUGUUGGAGACUGCUGGUAGGUACCAGAUAUGUUAUGCUAUCCACAUAUGCUGCAUCUGUUCGCCAUGGACAGUUUUAUUUUUUAUUGGCAGCAUGCGCAAGGCUUGGAUGGGUACAUGAACCGCAUGAAUUUUGCUUGAUAUGUGAGCUUAUCUAUCACGAUUCUGGGCAUUUGUCUGGCUUUACUAUCUAUCUACAUUCCCGUUGCAGAAUGGUUGAAAUGUCUGUAAUUUGCGCAGUGGGGUAUCCAAGCAUUUUGCGCGUGACUUUUGUAGCUGACAUCCUAAAUAUUCUCGGUCCUCAGCCAUAUGACAGGUGGUUUGCCUUUAUGAAAAAGAAAAUAUUAACUUUACGUUAAGAUAUUUUACACAUUUAUUAUCAGCAAAGCAUUCAUUCUGUUAAAUAUAUUUUCUCUCACAUCCUAUCACUGCCAAUGAUGGCUAUUUUUCCCAUUGGUUGGGUAUCCUAGGAAAAUGUCAGCUUUUGAUGUAACAAGGGAGAGGAUGUUGGGGGGGAUCUCCUUAUACUCAACAAUCAAGUCAUCUUUUAGUUGGAUUUUCAACCCCCCACAUAACAGGAGAACUGAGGGAUCUCAUCUUGCUAUAACCUGUUGAUUUCAUCUUUGUUGUGUCUGCAGAUAAUCAAAGGCUGUGCAUAGAGAAGAUUCCAUGUUCCUAUCAGUUGUGAUGUGUAGCCUACAGGUUCAUAUCAUGGGCCUUGUGGUCAUGAUAUAACAGUACACAUGACAUGGACAUACAAAGAUACAUGGCUGUGAAGGUGAAAUGAGUUGCCAGGCCUGUUGUUAUUUGACUGACUGCAAAGCACUCAAAGAACCAUGUUUUCCUCGUUUUUUCGACCAUACUGUACAACAUUCAUAAUUAUUAAUGGAUAUUCAGUAAAAUGUACAUUUAUUGAUGGUGUGUGUAUAGCUUAGGCUAUGCUAAUUUUCAACAUCUGUCCCUGCUGUAUCUUUCAAGAUAAAUCUGGUCCAUCUGAUAAAUCAAGGCAUUAUGGUUAUGGUAGAGAGCUGUACAUUUAACAAAGCUCUAUGUACAUGUAAUUUGACCCAGAGGAUGAAAGAUACGAAAAAGCAUCUCUUACACUGUACAAGCUGUCCCCAGGAGGGCUUGGAUUUUCAUAUCAGCAAGUUUCUAGGCAACCGUUCCAAAGCUACAGUAUAUUUAUAUACAGUAUGUUGGCUCGAGAAUAUAAGAUUCACAUCAAGUGGACUUGAUCUUCAACAAUAAAGCAGUCAGGGACACCAGUACAGUGCCUUGCAAAAGUAUUCAUCCCCCUUGGCGUUUUCCCUAUUUUGUUGCAUUACAACCUGUAAUUUAAAUGGAUUUUUGGGGGGGGAUUUCAUGUAAUGGACAUACACAAAAUAGUCCAAAUUGGUGAAGUGAAAAAAAUAACUUGUUAAAAAAAAUCUAAAAAAUACAUUAUGGAAAAGUGGUGCGUGCAUAUGUAUUCACCCCCUUUGCUAUGAAACCCCUAAAUAACAUCUGGUGCACCCAAUUACCUUCAGAAGUCACAUAAUUAGUUAAAUAAAGUCCACCUGUGUGCAAUCUAAGUGUCACAUGAUCUCAGUAUAUAUACACCUGUUCUGAAGGGCCCCAGAGUCUGCAACACCACUAAGCAACGGGCACCACCAAGCAAGCGGCACCAUGAAGACCAAGGAGCUCUCCAAACAGGUCAGGGACAAAGUUGUGGAGAAGUACAGAUCAGGGUUGGGUUAUAAAAAAAUAUCCGAAACUUUUAACAUCCCACGGAGAACCAUUAAAUCCAUUAUUAAAAAAUUGAAAGAAUAUGGCACCACAACAAACCUGCCAAGAGAGGGCCGCCCACUAAAACUCACAGACCAGGCAAGUAGGGCAUUAAUCAGAGAGGCAACAAAGAGACCAAAGAUAACCCUGAAGGAGCAGCAAAGCUCCACAGCGGAGAUUGGAGUAUCUGUCCAUAGGACCACUUUAAGCCGUACACUCCACAGAACUGGGCUUUACAGAAGAGUGGCCAGAAAAAAGCCAUUGCUUAAAGAAAAAAAAGAAGCAAACACGUUUGGUGUUCGCCAAAAGGCAUGUGGUAGACUCCCCAAACAUAUGGAAGAAGGUACUCUGGUCAGAUGAGACUAAAAUUGAGCUUUUUGGCCAUCAAGGAAAACGCUAUGUCUGGCGCAAACCCAACUCCUCUCAUCACCCUGAGAACACCAUCCCCACAGUGAAGCAUGGUGGUGGCAGUAUCACGCUGUGGGGAAGUUUUUCAUCGGCAGGGACUAGGAAACUGGUCAGAAUUGAAGGAAUGAUGGAUGGUGCUAAAUACAGGGAAAUUCUUGAGGGAAACCUGUUUCAGUCUUCCAGAGAUUUGAGACUGGGACGGAGGUUCACCUUCCAGCAGGACAAUGACCCUAAGCAUACUGCUAAAGCAACACUCGAGUGGUUUAAGGGGAAACAUUUAAAUGUCUUGGAAUGGCCUAGUCAAAGCCCAGACCUCAAUCCAAUUGAGAAUCUUGGUAUGACUUAAAGAUUGCUGUACAGCAGCGGAACCCAUCCAACUUGAAGGAGCUGGAGCAGUUUUGCCCUGAAGAAUGGGCAAAAAUCCCAGUUGCUAGAUGUGCCAAGCUUAUAGAGACAUACCCCAAGAGACUUGCAGCUGUAAUUGCUAAAAGGUGUCUCUACAAAGUAUUGAAUUUGGGGGGGUGAAUAGUUAUGCACGCUCAAGUUUUCAGUUUUUUUGUCUUAUUUCUUGUUUGUUUCACAAUAAAAAAUAUUUUGCAUCUUCAAAAUGGUAGGCAUGUUGUGUAAAUCAAAUGAUACAAACCCCCCCCCCAAAAAAAUCAAUUUUAAUUCCAGGUUGUAAGGCAACAAAAUAGGAAAAAUGCCAAGGGGGGUGAAUACUUUCACAAGCCACUGUAGAUGUGCUUGACAGCAAUUAGGGACGAAUAGCAUGUAUGGUGCUGCACUGGAGAUUGGAGAAGCAAAACCACGUUAAGAGCUUCCCACUGGAAACUAUACAGGCAGUACUCUACUCCAACGAUCUACUAUAACGCCAAGGUAGUGGGUUCGAUCCCCGGGACCACCCAUACACAAAAAUGUAUGCACGCAUGACUGUAAGUCGCUUUGGAUAAAAGCGUCUGCUAAAUGGCAUAUUAUAUUAUAUUAUUAUUAUAAUAUUGCUACCACAUUAUAGAUAAAUCACUGGUACAGGUUGAAUCCAGGUCUUAGUAUAGGGUUGUGGAUGGAGGCUGGGCUGGAUGCCCUGAGGGCUCGAAUGUACUGAUUUCCUGUUCUGUAGUACCAGGACCAGGAUGUUCAAACGCUAUGGGGAACACAACCGAAAUGGCGGGGGCGAGGUAUUUAGUCCUUACAUAAUGGAUCCAAUUUGUUCUUUCAGAUGGGUUUAUUCCGUUCUCUGCCAAACACCAUUACAGUCACAGUACGCAGGUCCACAUGUGCGCAAACAAACACACACACACACACAACGCUGUAAUUGUAUGUAUUUUUUUCUCUCCAGAUAAAGCAACAGUUGAUUCUUUGCAGAUAUGUGGUCUCCAAGCUUUCACAUAACUUAGGCAAUAUACACGCUAUGAAGCUUGACUUUAAAAAUAAGUGCUGUCAACUGGUGGACAGUAGCCCAUGCCAACUUCAAUGGUGUGAAUUGGCAGUAUUGGUGUGUGGGUGUAUUCAACAUGCAAUACAUGUUGUCUUAGCAAUAUGUACUGUAUGUUGGUCAGGGCUAUUGUGUGUGGGGGUUUCUGUAUAGGCUGAAUUGUGUGUAUUUGCUUACCUCCCCUCAUCAAGAAGUCAGUUUCAGGCAUCCCAGGCUGUGUCAUUACAGGCUGUGACCGGAAGUCCCAUAGGGCGCUGCACAAUCAUCCAGGUUAGGGGAGGGUUUGUCAGGGGGGGGGCUUUACUUGGCUCAUUGUGCUCUAGCGACUCCUUGUGGUGGGCCGGGCGCCUGCAGGCUGACUUCGGUCGUCAGUUGAACAGUGUUUCCUCUGACACAUUGGUGCAGCUGGCUUCCGGGUUAAGCGAGCAAGUGUUAAGAAGCGCGGUUUGGUGGUCAUAUUUCAGAGGACUCGACCUUUGCCUCUCCCGAGCCCAUUGGGGAGUUGCAGCAAUGAGGCAAGAUUGUAAUCAUGAAAUUGGGGAGAAAAAAGCGGGGUAAAAUGAAUGAUAAUAAGAAGUCAGUUUCAAUCACAUGUAAACUGAAAUUAAGGGUCACAGAAAAUGGUCUGGCCACCAUAUUUCAUUGCAUGCAUGUUUUGCAUGAAAACCUCAUCCAAAUGUUCAUCUAAAGACACCAAUCUCCCAUCACCAAGCCAUUUUUUUUUUUUGUCAGCAGCAUAUUCUUUGACAUCCACGUGUUAUCCCUUGCAGAAUCACAUGCUUGGCUGUGAAACUAAGGAAAUCAUGCUAACCCACUUAGAGCAAUGCCAUGCUUGGUUUGCAGCAUGUCUCAUCAUGACUUAUGCUAUCAAAAGAUUUCCUCCCACCCUCGGUGAGCACCAGUGUGAAGAUGAUGUUUUGAUGAAAUUAAAGUGGCAUGGUGAAACCCUGGUGUGUCAUAUCACAGAGAACCAAAGUCAUAACCUGUUAACCAAUUUCUACUUGUGAGUGUUGAAGGUUAUACUACCAAGAAGGAGAAAUUAUCUUUGAAGAGUUUAUUUCCAAAACGCUAUAUCCACCAAUCAGAAAUUAAUGUUUAUGGGUACCUUUAUAUGUGUGUAAAAUAGUACUGCCCAUUGGGCACACACUGGUUGAAUCAAUGUUGUUUCCACGUAAUGUCAAUGAAAUUACGUUGAACCAACAUGGAAUAGAUGUUGAAUUGACGUCUGUGCCCAGUGGGUGUCCUCAGAUUUUUCAUUCAUAGCUUUUAGAAGUGCAUUGCAAUUGGUUUUGUUGCAAAACUCUAUAUAUCCAUUGUUUAGCUGGAAUGGAAUGUUCAUAUACUGUAUAUUUAACAUAUAAAUUCAACAUCAUAAAUCUAGCCUCAUGUUUGGUUAGAGUUAGUCCUCCUCCCAAAUGACACCCUACUCCAAAUAUAGUGCACUGCUUCUGACCAGAAUCCAGAUCUCAUAUUACUGUAUUGAUAAAAAUAUAUAUAUAUAAAUAUAUAUAUAUAUAUAUAUAUAUAUAUAUAUAUAUAUAUAUAUAUAUAUAUAUAUAUAUAUAUAUAUAUAUACACUAAAGGUCAAAAGUUUGACCUGCAGCAGGCUGGGAAGACUGAAUCUGUAAUAGGUAAGCAGCUUGGUUUGAAGAAAUCAACUGUGGGAGCAAUUAUUAGGAAAUGGAAGACAUAAAAGACCACUGAUAAUCUCCCUCGAGCUGGGGCUCCACGCAAGAUCUCACCCUGUGGGGUCAAAAUGAUCACAAGAGAGAGCUGGGACCAAAGUAACAAAGCCUACCAUCAGUAACACACUACGCCGCCAGGGACUCAAAUCCUGCAGUGCCAGACGUGUUCCCCUGCUUAAGCCAGUACAUGUCCAGGCCCGUCUGAAGUUUGCUAGAGUGCAUUUGGAUGAUCCAGGAUUGGGAGAAUGUCAUAUGGUCAGAUGAAACCAAAAUAGAACUUUUUGGUAAAAACUCAACUCGUCGUUUUUGGAGGACAAAGAAUGUUGAGUUGCAUCCAAAGAACACCAUACCUACUGUGAAGCAUGGGGGUGGAAACAUCAUGCUUUGGGGCUGUUUUUCUGCAAAGGGACCAGGACGACUGAUCCGUGUAAAGGAAAGAAUGAAUGGGGCCAUGUAUCGUGAGAUUUUGAGUGAAAACCUCCUUCCAUCAGCAAGGGCAUUGAAGAUGAAACGUGGCUGGGUCUUUCAGCAUGAGCUAUUUUCAGGUCUCUCCAGAGAUGUUCGAUCGGGUUCAAGUCCGGGCUCUGGCUGGGCCACUCAAGGACAUUCAGAGACUUGUCCCGAAGCCACUCCUGCAUUGUCUUGGCUGUGUGCUUAGGGUCAUUGUCCUGUUGGAAGGUGAACCUUCGCCCCAAUCUGAGUUCCUGAGCGCUCUGGAGCAGGUUUUCAUCAAGGAUCUCUCUGUCCUGACUAGUCUCCCAGUCCCUGCCGCUGAAAAACAUCCCCACAGCAUGAUGCUGCCACCACCAUGCUUCACCUUAGGGAUGGUGCCAGGUUUCUUCCAGACGUUACGUUUGGCAUUCAGGCUAAAGAGUUCAGUCUUGGUUUCAUCAGACCAGAGCAUCUUGUUUCUCAUGUUCUGAAUGUCUUUCGGUGCCUUUUGGCAAACUCCAAGCGGGAUGUCAUGUGCCUUUUACUGAGGAGUGUCUUCCGUCUGGCCACUCUACCAUAAAAGCCUGAUUGGUGGAGUGCUGCAGAGAUGGUUGUCCUUCUGGAAGGUUCUCCCAUCUCCACAUAGGAAGUCUAGAGCUCUGUAAGAGUGACCAUCGGGUUCUUGUCACCUCCCUGACCAAGGCCCUUCUCCCCUGACUGCUCAGUUUGGCCGGCGCGGCCUGCUCUAGGAAGAGUCUUGGUGGUUCCAAACUUCUUCCAUUUAAGAAUGAUGGAGGCCAUUGUGUUCUUGGGGUCCUUCAAUGCUGCAGAAAUGUUUUGGUACCCUUCCUCAGAUCUGUGCCUCAACACAAUCCUGUCUUGGAGCUCUACGGACAAUUCCUUCGAGCUCAUGGCUUGGUUUUUGCUAUGACAUGCACUGUCAACUGUGGGACCUUAUAUAGACAGGUAUGUGUCUUUCCAGAUCAUGUCCAAUCAAUUUAAUUUACCACUGGUGGACUCCAAUCAAGUUGUAGAAACAUCUCAAGGAUGACCAAUGGAAACAGGAUGCACUUGAGCUCAAUUUCGAGUCUCAUAGCAAAGGGUCUGAAUACUUAUGUAAAUUAGGUAUUUCCGAUUUUAAUACAUUUGCUAAAAUGUCUAAAAACCUGUUUUUGCUUUGUCAUUAUGGGGUAUUGUGUGUAGAUUGUUGAGGAUUUUAAUUUAUUUAAUCUAUUUUAGAAUAAGGCUGUAAUGUAACAAAAUGUGGAAAAAGUCAAAGGGUCUGAAUACUUUCCGAAUGCACUGUAUAUAUAUAUAUAUAUAUAUAUAUAUAUAUAUAUAUAUAUAUAUAUAUAUAUAUAUAUAUAGUAAGGUGGAUAUAUCUCAUUUUGCAACAAAAUGUGAUCGUUUGCCUCUCUGAAAUGAAACCAUCUAGUUAUAGGUUUCAAAGAAAUUCAUGUCUGUCAUUUAACAACCCGAUGCCAUGAUUUGAUGGGUGAAAAAAAAACUCACCAAUCUAUUUAAUAAGUUAUUUAAUCAAAAGGUUAAUUUACCAACAUUUCUGAAAAUUGAUAUAUAGCAUUUUGGAAUGAAACUCUUAAUUUUGACACAGAACUGAGGGUUCUGGCUGGUAUAAGGGGUUCAUUAUUUGAGAUGCAAUAUCUAAUGAAUUCCACUCACCACCACACUUCAUUAAAAGAGCCAUUGAAGGAAGAAAAAUAUUAGAAAUACCUCAUACCAAGACAGGUUCAUUGAUGUAUUCAGAGAAGUCAUGUUUUUUCUGUGUCCCUCUUAUUCUCCUCUGAUCAUGUUUUAUUUGACUUCCAUAGAGAGCCACAGCUGGAGUGAAGAGGAUAAAGGGGAAUGAAGUGAUUGAGGGCUGCAGUGCCAGCGACACUCCACAAGAGAAACAAGAAGAACAAGAAUCCCAUUCUGGGGCCAUAGCCAUGGAGACCAGCCAGCUUUCAGAGAUGGCGAACCUAACAGACUAUAAAAUUGAUUCUGGGGAAACAGAGGACCAGAGUCCUCUGCUGCUUAGCGAAAGCGAGGAAGAAUGUGACCGAGAACCUUUCGCAGAAUACAGAGGAACAAAAGAGAACAUAAAAACGUCAGUGGAUGAACCAGACGAGGAUGAUGAAAGUGUUGAGGUGAACAAAGAGGAGGAGGAGACUCAUAACUUUGAGACAGGACGAAAUGACUUCAGUCUAACAGAGUUACUCAACCCCUCAAGUAUAUUUGGUAGUGAACCCAUUUGUAAGGUGGAAGACCUGCUUGCACAAGGUCACAUGGGCAACUCUUCUCCAUCAGAAGUGACAGUGACACAAGAGUCCAUCUUGGAGCAGAGCAUCCGAGAGGAGGUCUCCUCAGACGUCUCAACAGGGUCCUGUCACGACCUUGACCGAGACGACCUGAGUGACUGUCUCCAGGUAGAAAUGGCCAUCGUAUCAUCAGAUAGCGAGGCUGACGACCAAUGGAGGUCCACUUUUGCCUCUUCAAUCAGCAAGGAGGAAGGUUGUGACGGAAAUGCUCAAGAUGCCCUCGAGAAGGACAGAGCCGCAGGGGAGGCAGAGAAUGGGGCCAAGGAUGAAACUGGAGAUAGUCCUCACAUUCUUGAACAACCCGAUUGCCUGACAGAAUGCGAUAUCCAAGACCAAGAUAUGUCCUCUGGCCAGUUCCAGGGCUUAUCCAACAUCCCAGAGGAUGAAGAAGAAGUCAGCCAAGGCAGGACUCGCAAAGUGAGUCGUUCUACAUCUGCAAGCUCUUCUGCAAGCUCUGACCCCGACAAGAAGGUUCCUCAAGACUACUGUGUGAUACAAGAAAUGAAGAGCAAGAACAUUAGUACAGAGCAUGUGGACUUCCAGGGGGCUCGGAAGCAGUGGCGCCAAAUGGAGGAGCAGACCCAAGGAGAGGUCCAGGUCCACCAGCCCACUGCCAGACAGCAGGGGACAUGCCAGGGAGGUCACAGCGCCAUGUACACACCCGUCAGGAACAUUGUCCGACCCAGGAGGGAACCCGAAAUCGACAGCCUUGCCCUUGGUGACUUUCAACACACUCAGUUCAGCCCAUGUUCAGAAGACUCAGGUCUGGAUGACUUCAGCUACAGGUCCCUUUACGAGGACUCAGACAACCCUGUCGAAAGGGAGAUACGACAGACCAUAGAGCGUGAGGAGAACUUCAGGCGUGAAAGAGAGAUUGCCAAACAGGGUCAAGCUGGAGAAUCAUCUGCACAUUCCAAAACCCGACCAACUACUCUCUACCCCGGCAAGUACGGCAAAGGUCUUUGCCAGGAGGUGGAGGAUAAACGGAAGAUAUUUGACUCUAUUGAUCCCGGAUGCAGGCCGUUGAGGUCUCCCAACGCAAAGACCCCAACCGUCUCCAUAUCCACCUCCCCAUCGCCCACACCAAGGGGUGCAACCUACCAUGAGAUGACCGCCCAAAACGUGAUCAUCCUGGAGCCAGACUCCUACCCCACCAGCCCAAGACACCGCACCCGGGGAUCCCUGCUCUCUCCGGGGCCCAGCCGAUACAGCGAGUGGCCCUUGGAGACGUCAGCCAAUGUCAUCAUUCUGGAGACAUCCAACCUGAUCAUCCGGAGUGCCUCUGAGUUCUGCCUGAGCUCGGCCUCCUGCCAGGAGACCCAGGAGAGCACGUUUGUCAACAACCCCUUCUUCAAGCUGCGCUCACGGAGCUCCAUGUCCCUGGUGGACCAGGAGAUUAAGAUGGUGAACCAGAGGGAGGAAGAGUGGAGGAGGCAGAGAAGCCAGACGCAGACCAGGGAGAAGUACGACACCGUCCUGGUGUCCCCCAACCUCCUGGAGAACCUGAGCUUUGAUAAAGCAGGUAUGUGCUGAUUACUGAUGAAGUGCAUGGUCAUUAUGGAAAAGAGUUUGUGUUUUGUAGCUGUGUUGUGUUUUCAUUGCAUCACUAGUGGUAUUUUUAUCUGACCUGGCUUAUACUUACAGCACACUGAGGAUAUCGUGAUCUUCUCAAACCCAAUUAGUCCAAAUUCAUGAUAUAGGUCUCUUAGCAUAUGAAUGUAUGAGUAUUAAUUGUUUAUCUUUCUUUUUCAGAAGUGCCACUGAAAUGUGUGUCUUCCCCUUCAUCACCAUCAAGGACACGAAAGCUGGACCGCUCCACCCUGUCAUGUGACCAUAGGGUAGGUCCUAUCUCCUCCAAUAAUAAUUCAUUAGAAUUGAACAGAAUUUGUGUGAAGAACAGAUGCUAGCCUAGUCACCUGAUCAAAUGUUUGUGCUUUGUCAAUUCACCUGUGGUGUUCGUUGUCAUGUCAAUUGCCAAACAUUACCAGGCUAGAAAAAGGCUUCUUUAUCAUCUGAUUGCCUCACGAAAUGUCAUCGGAAUGCCUCAACAAAAAUAACAUUGCAUGUGCUCAUGUUUAAGUGUGGUCUUUACAUUUUCCAAUACUAUUUAGCCAUUAACCAUUUUAACCACCAUCCAUGUUCACCUUGAAACCGGAAACUGCAUGCAGUUUUACAGGUGAAACUCUUUCCCCCAGUUACCAGAAUCACUAUCCCCAGGACCAAGGAAAAAGAAUGCCAUCGCUCAGAGAUGGGAGGCAGGACUAUUUGUCAACCACGAACAAGAGUAA